CCAGAAGAAUAUUUGUUUUGUCUGUUUCAAAACACAUGAUACAUACACGCGAUCUUAAUUUACCAUAUAAGACAUUUUAUUUUGCUAUCAGUUGAGUAUUUGUGAGAAGAAGAGUUAAGAACGCAUCACACGACGAACGCGAAAGUCGUUUUUUUAUAACAUCCAAAACUUAUUAUAAGAAGGCCAGCAGACGACAAAGAAGUUAGUCUUGGAGGUAUAUAAUAAUUAUUAUUUGUAAUAACAGGAUUACGACGUUUUACCAAACCCUGUGUUCGUUUGAGCUGAUAGUACGAUUCGACAUGUGGUUUAUCGAAUCCCUUUAAACCAAAUUUUAGUCAUCGAUUCAUACAGGUGGAACCCGGCGUACAUUUCCUUACAUAAAAUCAAUUUCUGAGGUCACGCUAUGCUACCUGUACAAUAUGUUUAUAGAUACGUUGUUUUUAUAUGUUUGUUGAAUAUAUAUCCAGUGCCAGUGGUCAAAGCUAGCAACAAUUCUAUCAAAAUGUGCAAUUCGACUAAAAUAGAUCAAAUAAAUUGCACAAGGAAUUCCUCCGUUUCGCAAAAUAAUGGAAAAAAACCGAAGAAAAGUUUCUCACUUCCUCAAGAAAUAUUAAUAACAACAAUGGUGGUCUCCACAGUUGGUGUCCUAACAAAUGGUCUUCUUAUUGUUGUUAUUGUGAAGGAUCCUAUAAACGAACUAAGACGAGGACCGUGGAUUACUAUCUUAAGCUUAUCUAUGGCUGAUUUCACUGCAUCUUUGUCUCAAUUCAUGAUUGUUGGAUUGGGUAGAUUGUUCGAGGUCAAACCAUCAGAAGCUGUCAUUUAUUCUGUCCUUUUCUUUUGGAUGUUUGGGGCUGCGGGCUCAUUUUUUCACUUGACAUCACUCACAUGGCAAACUUACAUGAUUGCAAAGUAUCCCAAAUACAGACAACAAAUGUUAUCUACGAAGAAAAUUUACAUAUUAUGCGCCACAGUUUGGUUGAUUGCCAUUUGCAUGGCAUUUGCUGAAGUCACAUCACUUUACAUAAAAAAAAUUGACCAGCUUAUGUAUAUCUAUAUCACGGUAUAUGCUGUCUUGGAAAUCGCAGUUUUACUUCAGAUCAUAUUGAAGUGUUUCAUACUUAAGGUUGUAUUGCAAAGUCGACAAGGCACUAAAGUAAAUGCUAAACAGUACAACACUAAACACUUUGAAAUUGUAAAGGCAAUCAUUGUGCUGAAUGUCUUAUUACUGGUAACUGCAUUUCCUUAUUUUAUCGCCAAACAAGUGGAGUUUAUUCAAAGGCUUGGAAAAAUACAAAGUGAAUUGGCUUGGCGUUUUUCUUACUACUACAAACCAGUUGCCAUGGUGAAUUUCGCUGUCAAUCCAAUUGUGUAUGCAUUGAGGCUUCCAGUUUAUCGAAACAGUCUGAAGGCGUUGUUUAAAAAGAACAGUUUUAUUUCUACUGAUACAGCACAGCAAUCGACAACUUCGUUCUGUUCUGCUGAUGAAACGAUUGCUUUGUAGAUAAUAUGCAUUGAUUAAUAUGCAUUGAUCAUAUAUAACUUGAUUACAAAUAUAUAUAAUGAUUAUUUUUUUAAUAGAGGUAAUUACAUAAACUUUAGUGUGAUUUGUAGUUAUACUUUUGUGUAAUUUUUUGUGUAAUGUUUGUAUUUGUAGGCAAUUUUGCCUGCAACAAACUAUUUUGAUAGCCACAUCAAAACAUAGUACAAUAUCGUAUCUAAUAA